UUGCAGUGGUCUUAGGAAGUGAGUGAAGAUACUGUAAGUCCCAUCAUCCAUGGUCCGAAGCCUUCCAAACCGCACCAGGAUGUAGAGUGGGUCAUGGGGACUCUGUGUGCCAAGUUUGGUCUUGAUCCGUCAUUGGUGGGAGUAACAGUGCUCUCAGAAAAUGAGUGACAAUACUGCAAGUCCCAUCAUCCAUGGUCCGAAGAUUUCCAAACUGUAAACAAUGCAAGUUGUUAAGUUACAAAGCCUGAGAGUACUACUAACUUGCAUUGUUUUCCUUUGCAGAGAUCUCAUUCAUGUCCUCACUCCUUGUGGGUGCCGGAGACAGGCCAUUAGUGUCAUGAAUUACGGCCACAAAGAGGAAGUUUCCGGCGCAAAGUGUGGGCGACGAGAGCCCGUACCUGGAGGCAGGUGAUAAAAAGGGGGCGGGAAUGUGCGAGGGAUGCUCGGGCAUGUUGUUGUCCGCUCGCACUCGGCGCGAUGUCUCCGGAGCCGCAGGACGCUGACGGGAGGCAAGAGAGCCGUCCGUCGGAAGCGAAAGCCAACGGCAAACGUCCGGGCCGUUCCGAGUCCCGUCGCGCGGCGGCCAACGUCCGCGAGCGCAAGCGCGUCCUGGACUACAACCGGGCCUUCAACGCGCUGCGGGCGGCCCUGCGCCACCAGGCCGGCGGGAAGCGCCUCUCCAAGAUCGCCACCCUGCGCCGGGCCAUCGGGCGCAUCGCCGACCUCUCCCGGGCCCUGCGCCCAGACGCCGUUCCUGGACCCUCUCCCAGGGCCACGCCGUGCGAUAACCGGACUCGGGAAGGCGCCACGUACUUCGCGUACGCUGACCGUGCUCCGGGAGGAGCCCCGUACUUCGCGGGACCGUCCUCCCAGCGCCGAUACGACGACGCCGACAACGCUGAUGCCCGCUGCUCGUGUCGUCCAGACGGGUGUCCCGGGAAGAGCGCCAGCGGGGUGCAAAGCCGGCACGCUUUCCUCUGGGAGUGCAGGUACUUCUGA